AUGGCUUCAUUACAAAACCUCAAGGCGCCCACCUUAAUGAGCAAAAAGACUCAAAAGACAGUACAAGCCGAUGAGGAUGAUGUUAUCAUUGAUGCCACUGCUUUACCAAGCCGCUCAGCAGAUCAAGAUGAUGUUGCUAUGGAGGAGGAUAACACUGCCUCCGAUAAGCCUAACUUUGCUCCUGCCAGUGCUGCUGAACUCAAGAAAGUUGUAAAGGGUUCCCGCAAGAUUCCCAUCCCUCCUCAUCGUAUGUCCCCCUUAAAGAGACAUUGGUUGGAAAUUUACUCACCAUUGGUUGAGCACAUGAAGCUUCAAGUUAGAAUGAAUGUUAAAACUAAAACUGUCGAACUCAAGACUUCGCCUCAAACUGAAGAUGAAGGAUCGUUACAAAAGGGUGCUGAUUUCCUCAGAGCUUUUGCUUUGGGUUUCGAGGUGGAGGACGCUAUGGCAUUGUUGAGAUUGGACGAUAUUUUCUUGGACACUUUUGAAAUCAAGGAUGUAAAGACAUUGCACGGUGACCAUUUAGCUCGUGCUAUCGGUCGUAUCGCUGGUCGUGAUGGUAAAACCAAAUUCACAAUUGAAAAUGCAAGCAAAACGAGAAUUGUCUUGGCCGAUACCAAAAUUCAUAUUCUUGGAUCUUUCCAAAAUAUCAAAAUUGCCCGUGAUGCUGUGGUCAGCCUCAUUUUAGGUAGUCCUCCUGGUAAGGUGUAUGCCACUCUUCGUACCAUCUCUGCCCGUAUGAAGGAACGUUUUUAG